CUCUCCUCACCCUCUCAUCCCUUCACUUCCCCUUCUCUUCCUGUCUCUCUUCUUCCUAACAUUCCCUUCUUUCUCCCAGUCUCUUCACUCAACCACAAUGUCUAGAACCUCAGAUAAACCCUCCACUGUUGAAAAAUCCCAUUCAUCUCAAUUGGGUUUUUCUCUAAUCCAAUCAAAUCCACCUCCAUUCCACUCAAAUGAGAGGAGAGGGAGGAGAAAGGCAGCUGAGCCAGGUAGGUUUCUUGGUGUGAGGAGGCGGCCUUGGGGAAGGUAUGCUGCUGAAAUUAGAGACCCUUCAACCAAAGAGAGGCAUUGGCUAGGCACUUUUGACACUGCCCAAGAAGCUGCACUUGCUUAUGACAGGGCUGCUCUUUCAAUGAAAGGCACCCAAGCAAGAACCAAUUUCAUCUACACAGGCAAUCCCUCUUUUGACACCCUCCUGACACCUUUUGACACCUUAAACCCCAGACCACCACCCCCAACCCCACCAUCACAUCCCUUCCUCAUUGGGCCCCAAUCAAAACACCCCAUCGAUCAAACUGGCCCCGGUCAUAGCCAAUCAGGUUUCGCCACGUGUGCCCAAACCCCAUUUGGGUCUUCCACCAAUUCCAACUUCAUGUUCUCUAGUGACUCUGGGUCUGGGUAUUUAAGCAGCAUUGUUCCUGAUAACUGUUUCAAAUCUACACCAAACCCAACACUUCAAAUCAAUGAAAACAGCACCUUUUGGGGAUUAGAUAUUCAGAAUUAUACAAAUGCUACCCACAUUUUCUCUCCUCCCACUACUGAUACUAGUGCUACCACUCAAGUUCAAUGUAGUGGGGCUAGUUCUUCUACGAAUGCCAGCUCCGCCGAUGCGUUCAAUGGCAUUUCAAACACAUCGAACCUGGAAUUUUCACCGUGUCUUGAGGAACUGAAUCAUGGCUUUUGGGCUGAUGAUCCUUCAUGGGAGAUAACUGCUGGCAGCAUUCCAACCACUACAGAUAAUGGUCCUUCCGCGAUCGACGAUUGCUUAAUUGAAGCUCUUAAUCCGCUUAUCCAAAAUCCUGUUUAUGGGUUUACACCACAGGUUUUGGAAUCUUAUUCUCAAUCAGUUACAUCGCUGAAUGAUGUCAAUGAUUUGGGUUACUCACUGUUUUGAGAACUGAUCUGACCUUCUUCACUCGAAGUAUGUCAGUUAGUUAUUGACAGUUAUAAGCAUCGUCUCUCUCUCUCUCUCUCUCUCUCUCUCUCUCUCUCUCUCUCUCUCUCUCUCUCUCUCUCUCUCUCUCUUCUGUUUCACACUACUUCUCCGUAACUGUAAUUCAAAUGGAGGAGCCUUUGGCCAUAUCACAGAAGACCCAACAUCAGAUUUCUCAAAUUGCUUAGACAUCUAAUGGAGUUCUUCAAUGCGAGAGGGAGCCUGCAUUAGCUGAACUUAAGAUGUCAUCUCAUAAGGGCUUCAUGGAGAAGAUUGAAGGCUCACAUAAACGUAUCUACACAUAUAUUAAGAUAAUGUUUGUAUGUUAACAUAAUUUCCUUUGUUUCAAUGUCAUUAAAUGGGGUUUUCCUGUAAUCAUGGUUUACACUAUUAUGAAAAUUAUGGUGUGGCCCACCUGAUAAUCUCUCUUAAAUUACAUUGACCUUUUUCA